AUGGCGCCCAAGAUAGGCAAAGGCAAAGGGGUGGCCCAGGACGUCGGGGAGAAAGAGGCGCCGGAGAGCGAGUUGGCGGUGCUGCGGACGCAGCACGCCUAUUUCCGCUCGACGGUCGAUGCGGUCCACCUCAGGGACUACUUCAGGCCCCUGUGGGUCCGCUAUCAUCGCCAUGAUCCAUACUUCAACGCGCACGGCCUCGACCCCGCCUGGGGCGAGCCGCCAGCAGAGAAGGUGCAUGAGUUUUUCAACAACUUGUCGGAGAACUAUGUCCGCGACGAGCCGCUGCUCAUCCGCGACACCACCAAGGAGGAGCUGGACUACAUCGCCGCCAGGGCGGCGAAGGCGGCGCUUGCUAAGGAAGCCAGCAGCAUCGAUGUGGUCGAGGAGUCGACCAAGGAAGAGGCCGAGGCUGUCGACCCCUCGGCCGCAGGGAAGAGGCGCGUCCUGCGGCGGGCCAGCUCCAGCAAGCCGGUCCGGCCCAGCGGGACCGCGCAGCGGCAACAGGUUCAGGAGCAGUCCGUGCGCCAGACGAGGGCCGCGGUGUCGAAGGCCGCGGUAGUGAAGAAGGCAGUGAAAACCGCCAUAGCGAAGAAGAAGGCAGCCGCCUCCUCCUCAUCCAAACGGCGUCGGGCCACAUCCCCUUCUCCUUCUCCUUCGGAUGGCAACUCGGAGGUUAAUUUUUACCUCGGGUCCUUCAGCCCGAAGAGGAAGAGGAGGGACACGGAGACAUUGGCCCAGAGGGUGGCGAAGAGGGCCAGGGCCUCGACGGGCGACGAGCCCCCGGCGAGCACUCCACGCACGUCGGAGUUGGUGGUGAUCAUCCCGGACGACAGCCCCCGACGCAGCCCCCGCUUCAGCCCCCAGCGUGAGUACAUUACUCACUUCUUGUCGGUGUGCAUUGGGGCGCGAUCCCUUGGUGCUAAUCUUGCCGGGUUCGCGGGAGGGGAGAGGCAGCAGGAGGAGCCGCUGAGGGCCACCCCCAACACUCCGCCCCCGUCAACGACGCCGCCCAGAGGGGCAUCCCCGACGAAGGCAUCAAGCACCGAGCCCUUGCGCAUAGAGGAGGUGAACUUGGGUGGCAGUGGCUCCAUCCCGACAACGGACAUUGGCGGGGAGGGAAACACUUCUUCCCAGCUUGGCGCGGACCCUCCCUCGGUGGACCAGGAGGACGUUGAUACCGUCAUCGGGGAGGUCGCCAAGGACGCCGAGGCCGAGGCCGAUAAGAUUGCUGCCGAGGAGUCCACCAAGACCGCCGCUGACGAGGCCGCCAAGGGGCCUGCCGGGGAGGCCGGCAAAGCCGCUGCCGAAGAGGCUGCUAAGGGGCCUGCCGUGGAGGGGGUGGCUGACGACCAACCUUCCUCCCCUCCAGCCCCUGCCCCUGUUGUUGAUGAACCGAGCGCCGGCGGUGGCGGUUCCCAAGAGGAGCAGCUUCUCCGGGCCAUGAACGCCAACUUCCAGAAGCUCCAGGCACUCCACCGUGCCCGCCUAGACAAGGCGAAGUCUAGGAUGGCGGCAGCGGACAAGGCGGAGGCGGAUCUUGAGGAGCGCCUUGCCCAGACGCAGGCCUGGUUCCGCGAGGCUCAUGAGGGACUGAAGGCUGCCCAGGACGAGCUGGCUGAGCGCAAAUGGGAGCUCAUCCUGAAGCAGGCUAACGUCGAGAAGUCCCAGGAGGCGGCGAAGGAACAGGAGGAGGAGCUUGCCGCCCGUGAGGAGGCGCUCACCGCCACACUCAACGGUAAGGAUGAGGAGGUCAAGAAGUUCGUCGCGCAGCAGACCCAAGAGCUGGAGCAGAGGCACAAGGAGGCACUCAAUGCUCAGGCCCUGGUCCAUGCUGGCAAGGUGAAGGAACUAGAGCAGGAGCGGGAGGAGCUGAAGAAGGUGGCCUCGGAGCUGACGAAGGAGAGGGACAGGGCCAACCGUUCUUUGGAGGAUGCCCAGGCCGUAGUCUCCGACAAGGCCAAGCUGCUCUCCGAGGCAAACGAAUCCAUCAACGACCUUAAGCUGAAGGCGGACGGCUUGGAGGGGAAGCUCUCGGAGGCCGUGGCUCGUGAGGAGACCCUGAACAAGGCCCUGGAGGAGGAGAAACGGCUGCAGAGGGAUGGCGCCGCCGAGUACGAGGUGUACCCGAAGGGCGUAAACCUCUGGAUCAGCCGCCUUGUCGAUGUCGCGGAGAGGCUCACCGCACAGCUAGCCGCCAUGGGCCUGCCGGAUGUCAGGUACUCCCCGGAGCCGAACGUGAGCCCCAAUGCCAGGCUGACCCUGUUCUUCGAGGGCGUCCUCAGAGCCCUGGAGCGGCUUCGCUCCAACCGAAUGGCGUACUGGAACCCCAACGUCAACUUUGCCGACGCGCUGGAGAGCCUGCCGGAGGACGUGGACCUCGCGCCGCUCGAGGAGCGUAUCGAGCCCAUCAUCCGCUACGUCGACGGAAUCCAGAGGGUGGAGGGCUAG